AUGACAUCCCGCCCCCGCCGCCCCUCCUCCACUACCUCCACCACCUCCAACCCCCACAAUGUCCCCCCAACCACCACCACCACCACCACGGACCAAGAAAUGGCAUCCAUGUACGACUACCUCGCCAAAAUCAUCCUCCUCGGCCCCUCCGCCAGCGGAAAGUCCUGCCUCCUCCACCGCUUCCUAGCCAACGAAUGGCGAACCCUCAGCUCCCAAACCAUAGGAGUAGAAUUCGCCAGCAAAAUCAUCAAAGUCGGAUCCGCUACCAACUCGAGAAGGAGGAAAAGAGUGAAGUUGCAACUGUGGGAUACGGCGGGGACGGAACGAUUUAGAAGUGUGAGUCGGAGUUAUUACCGGGGUGCGGCGGGGGCGGUGUUAGUCUAUGAUCUGGCGGAUACGAAUAGUUUCGCGCAGUUGCAGACGUUCUUGGAUGAUGCGAGGGCGUUGGGGAGUCCGCGGCUGACCGUGGUGUUGGUGGGGAAUAAAGCGGAUUUGACGACGGAGGCCGGGGCGGAAGCUGGUCGGGCGGGCUUGUUGGACGAUGUGCCGGCUGGCGGGCUUGCCUCCUCUGCACGAUCGAGUACGCUGGGCACGGGGCUAGGUUCUCAGCGGCGAGCAACAAGAACAGAAGAAGCAGAAGCCGGUCGCGCAGUCCCACCCCGAACGGCCGCAGCCUGGGCCGCGCAAAACCGCCUCCCACCGCCCCUCGAAGUCUCCGCCCUCUCCGGCACCGGCGUCACGGACCUCUUCACCCAACUCGCCUCCUCCAUCCUCACGAAGAUCGAGCUCGGAGAAAUCGACCCGGAUGAUGCUCUGAGUGGGAUUCAGUAUGGGGAUGCGGAUUAUCUCCGUUUUCGCGAGGAUGAUGAUGGUGGGAGUAGUGUUAAAAGUGGCGGGGGGUUGACGAGUGAUGGAUAUGGGUCUACGCGGAGACGGAGGAAAGGGAGGGGUGGGUGGGGGGAUGUGUUUAAUAUCGCAGGGAGGAAUGGGAUGGGAAGUGGGAGUCGGGGUGGGGGUGGGAAGUGCUGUUGA